CGGAGGUCUCAAGGUUGGCAAGUAUGUCCGCCUGUUUUCCUGCACGAUUUAACAAGAAACGUGCAAACAAUGUCCGCAAUGUGACGAUCUCUACUAGAAUGUAUGAUAGUGGAUAUAAUUAGUGAAUUUAAGAAAAAAAAAAAAAAUUGCAAUGCAGGCUCCACCUUUUCUAGCGGUCCGGUGACGUCAUCGAUGGGCUGGAUUGCAAGGGUGGGAUUUCCAGGCUUCCACCGCAGAGAGCUCGUCUCUGCCUCGCAGGAUCUCUGCACGGAUUGCACUUGAAACAUUUUGCUCCAAAAAGCCCACAUCGGAUCUUCUUUUUUUUUUUUUUUUCUUCUUCUUAUUUUUUCUCCCAUGCAGUUCCAAGCGGGAUAACCAAUUGAGGAAUGUGGACAUUACAGAAUGCCCACCAGCGCCGGAAAGAGAUUUAAAGCCAGCAAAUACAUCCCCGUGUCCACAGCCGCCACACUCCUGGUGGGAUCCACCACUUUAUUUUUCGUUUUCACGUGCCCCUGGUUGGCCAAGGUGAUCUCCCCCGUGGUUCCCCUCUACAAUGGCCUCGUCUUCCUCUUUGUCCUGGCCAACUUCAGCAUGGCCACCUUCAUGGACCCCGGCGUUUACCCCAGAGCGGACGAGGACGAAGAUAAGGACGACGACUUCCGAGCACCCCUCUACAAGAACGUGGAGAUCAAGGGCAUUCAGGUGCGCAUGAAGUGGUGCGCCACCUGUCACUUCUACCGGCCGCCCAGGUGCUCGCAUUGCAGCGUCUGCGACAACUGCGUGGAGGACUUUGAUCAUCACUGUCCUUGGGUGAACAACUGCAUCGGACGAAGAAACUAUCGCUACUUCUUCCUCUUCCUGCUGUCUUUGAGCAUCCACAUGAUGGGGGUCUUCACCUUCGGCCUUAUCUUCGUCCUGCACCACAGGGAGAGGCUGGCCCUUCUGCACACGACCGUCACACUGGUGGUGAUGUGCAUCGCUGGGCUUUUCUUCAUUCCUGUCAUGGGACUCACAGGUUUCCACAUGGUGCUUGUGGCUCGAGGUCGAACCACCAAUGAGCAAGUUACGGGCAAGUUUCGUGGAGGAGUAAAUCCUUUCACGAAAGGUUGCUGUGGCAACGUGGAGUUUGUCUUAUGUAGUCCUCUGGCGCCGAGGUACACGUUGGACCCACGAAAGAAGCCCCACGUUAAAGUCCAACCCCCGUUCAUCAGACCAGAACUCUCAGACAGGAAAAUCAUCAUCAAGAUCAACGACAACGGCAUCCAUAGCACCGUCAUCAACUCAAAGUCCAAAACCAGCCUGGACGGUCUGGACGACAAAGAGAGUCAGCCACCACUGCCGCCAAAAGCUGACAGGUACAACCAGUUGAAGAACCACCUGACCUCCAGUGAGGAAAGUUCCGUGUCUGCAAAGACUCACCCCUCCACUCCCGCCAUGUACAAGUUCCGACCGUCCUUUGGCACGGUUCCGAAGGUGCACUAUCACGCAGCAGGAGACAAGAUCGUCAUGCCGGACGACCAGAAGAGCGCCGCCAUCCUGGAAGAGAACAUCCGUGGUCACGACUUCCGCUCGGAGCCCAACUUGGAUCUGCCAGAGUACGCCAACGCUCCUCUCCACCGCACCUUCAGGUCCUCGCCCUUCCAGCUGGACGCCGACCCGGUCACCCCGAGGACGGUGAGCUUGAAGCAGGCCGCCCAUCGCUCGGAGAAGGGCCAACUUGUGGGUCUGCAGCCUCACCCCGCGGCCUCGGCGCCGUACCAGGGCGUCUUCUCUCCCAACACGCUCUCCAACCGCAACGGCAGCUUGUCCUACGACAGCCUGCUCAACCCCAGCACGACUCCGCCCACCGCCAGCGAGUGCUUGGCUCACCGCGGCGGGCCGCCGACGGGCUUCCACUCCCCGUACCUGCCCGCCAAGAUGUGCCACGCCCGGGAGCCUGAAAUGCAGCGGCAGCAGGUGGCCGCCUCCUACAGUCCGGCCAUGGCGUGCAGGGGGGUGGGCCGGCAGUCCCCUCACCUCCACGACCGGGAGCCGUCCCCGGUGCGCUACGACAACCUCUCCCAGACCAUCAUGGCCUCCAUCCAGGAGCGCAAGGAGCGGGAGGAGCGGGAGAAGCGUCACAUGCUGCGUGGACACUCCCACACACACAUCUACGCCCAGGACUCCGGGGGGUUUGAGGGCGGCUCGGUGGGCUACGGCCUCCCGCCCAACCCUUGCUAUGACGGGCCCCGCUGCGCCGGCUCCAGGGGCCCGACCCCUCCGGCCUACGGCAGCUCCAGAGACAACCUGAUGGGGGUCGGGCUGAGCUACGGCCAGAGAACGCCGGUGCUCCGCCAGGCCGGGUCCACCUUAGGCCGCGCCCCCAGGACUUCCUCCAGCUCCUUACACACGGAUCACAGCAGCACCAACAACAACAACCACGGGAGGGGCUCCGGCCCCGAGGGUCCCUACCGCUCCCCCGCCCACCACCCCCACUCCCCCGCCAUGUCCCGCUCGCCCUCCUACUCCCAGCAGAAACUCUCUUACAUGAGCGCCCAGGAGAGGAUGGACUCGCCUCGUCUGGGAGCGCCGAGGGAGUCCGUGAAAGUCAACGGCUACGGGGGUUUCCACCCCAGCGACGCCGUCAGUCCCAGUCGCCACGGCAACGUGAAGAAAGUGACUGGCGUGGGAGGCACCACCUACGAGAUUUCAGUGUGAGCGAGGGCGCCCUGGGCGGGACUCCCGUGUGUGUGUGUAUUGGAUCUUUUUGUCAGCCGAUUCUCUUUCUGGAUGCUUUGUCAGGUUGUCCAGUUAUGUGCACAAAAAAGGAACACAAUCCCAGUGAAGGGGGGAGUAAAUUCCGACAGAAUAAUACCUUUACGAGCAUGUUGAGUCCUCCUCCACUUGGCCUCAAGAUGCAACAUCUCCGUCAGUGUCUUUCCAAGAAGGUCACGACUUCUUUUGGACCAGCAGAUUACCUCACACUCAGCACCAUUUCAUCGUCUAAUAAUCAGGGGUGUCCAAAGUGUGGCCACACAUUCUGGAAAUGAUAUUGCAAACAUUUUUAAAAACAUUUUAAAAAAAAGAGUGGAAUGAUGUGAAAUCUAAGGAGAAAAAGUUGCAAUGUUGACCCAAGGCUGUUUUUUUCUUUUGUCUUCAUUUCUCUGUUUUUGCCAUUGCUUAAAAAAAAAGACAAAAAUAAAAUCAAUCCUAUAAUGAAUUAUUUUCAAGGCUCUAAUUCAGGGGUCGGGAACCUUUUUGACUGAAAGAGCCAAGAAGCCAAAUAUUUUAGAAUGUAUUUACUUAAAAGCCAUAUAUUUUUUUUAACACUGAACACAACUAAACACGUGCAUUUUUAAGUAAGACCAACAUUUCUAGAGUAUAAUAGGUCUCUUAUUCUUUGUAAUAACAUUAUUAUUCUAAAGCUAAAUGUGGAGGGGGCGUGGCCUGCGGGCCUGCAGCAAAGCGAGGUGUUGCCAGGAUCGGCCUUGAAAUCAGCGACAGGUGUGUAGAUGGCCCACCUGGGCCUUGUUAUCUGAUCACCUGUCGCUCUGUUAUAAGCAGCAGCCAGGAGAAGGGUUGGGGCUGGGGCUGGAGCCAGAGCGUGAGCGAAAGAGAAAAAGACAAUUGCUGGAAAGCAACUGAGAGACUAAUUGAAAAUUAGGGUUACAAUAUUGUAACCCUGAAACAGGCUCUCAUGUUGGUGCUUGGGGGUCUGAAGAACCCCCAGGAGGACAAGCCCCACACUAACCAAUAAUAAAUAAAUAACUUCUUACCAUUAACGCAACUUCUUGGACAGGGGCAGUAGAAAACGGAUGGAUGGAUUAAAAUGCAUGAGAAUGUUUUAUAUUUUGAACAUUAUUUUUAACACUGUGAUUACAAGUGGAAUUAUUCAUUACUUAUCGUGUUAAGCAGCGUCAGCUCAGAUUUCAUCUGGCUCGCGACCCAUAGGUUCCCUACCCCUGCUCUAAUUACUUCAAAAAUAUCACUUUAAAAUGUUUUAUUUUCGAAAAAAUAUUCCUUUUUUUUUUUUUGUGGUUGCCCAUAUAAAAACAAAGUUGUCUUUAAAACAAACAAAAUUGCUCAAACGUAAAAUCGACAGACGUGUCUGAAGUUGAUAUCGUAAUAAGUGUUGGAAGUAAAAAAAAAUAAUAAUAAAAAAUUAUGAUUUUAAGAGUGCGGCACCUUUUGGAUCCCAAUUAUAUAUAAUGGGAUUUUAUUUAUCUCUGCACUGUGAUUUCUCAAAAUUAAUUAUUGCAUUAUUGAUCUUUUACGGCUUUAAUUACUAAAAACUGCAUAUUUCAGUGUUUUACUAUAAAAAACCACAUUGUCUUUGACAAACAAGGAAUAAAACCUUUUUUUUUUUUUACUUCAUAUCAACCUGAAGUUUUAUUAGCAGUAAUGACUGAGACCCUUUAUGGUCUAAAGGCAAAAAAAAAUUAAAUUUCAUAUAUUUUGUUAUGGUUUGAAAAUGGAAAAUAUCAAAAUGGCCCCCACUUGUAAUUUUUCCAUGUGUGGCCCUCAGUGGAAAAAGUUUGGACACCCCUGGUCUAACUGAACGGUAUUUGUUGUCCGCUUCGAUGUUUGGGUAGAAUUCCAGGACGGGAACAAUUAAUUGAUAAAAGAUAUUAUCGAUGUAUUAAAAAAAAAAAAAAAAGUUUGAAUAUGUUUGCUGAUAUACCCAACGUACUGUAUUGUAUGCCUGCCAUGUUUACGUUUUGUAAUCAUUUAUACGAUUCAGCCAAUGAAGAGAAGUGUUCCCACCAAAAUAAAAUACACUAUAUUGCCGAAAGUAUUUGACCACCUGCCGUGACUCACAUAUGAACUUGAAGUUAGCGCCAUCUCAUUCCUAACCCAUAGGGUUCAAUACGACCUUUUGCAGUUACUACAGCUUCAACUCUUCUGGGAAGGCUGUCCACAAGGUUGCCUAAGCGUGUUUAUAGGAAUUUUCCACUAUUCUUCCAAAAUCGCAUUGGUGAGGUCAAGCCCAACCACUGAAAAAAAACACACACCAUAAUUCAUAAUUAUGAAUUCAUAAUUCAUCACAUUUCACACUCUAUGCAGUCCGAAAUGUACCUCCAAACCCGGACUGGUUCAUCGGAUUGCCAGAUGGAAAAGUGUGAUUCAUCAGUCCAGAGAAGGCGUCUUCACUGCUUUAGAGUCCAGUGGCGACGUGCUUUACAUCACUGCAUCCCACACUUUGCAUUGGACUUGGUGAUGUAUGGCUUAGAUGCAGCUGCCCGGCCAUGGAAACCCAUUCCAUGAAGCUCUCUGCGUCCUGUACGUGGGCUAAUUGGAAGUCUGGAGCUCUGUAGCAACUGACUGUGCAGAAAGUCUUUGCACUAUGUGUUUCAGCAUCCACUGAUCCCUCUCUGUCAGUUUACGUGGCCUACCACUCGGAGGCUGAGUUGCUGUUGUUCCCAAACUCUUCCAUUUUCUUGUAAUAGAGCAGUUGACGUUGGAAUAUUUAGGAGCGAGGACAUUUCACGACUGGAUUUGUUGCACAGGUGGCAUCCUAUGACAGUUCCACGCUGGAAAUCACAAAUUCUUUCACAAAUGUUUGUAGAAACAGUCUCCAUGCCUAAGUGCUUGCUUUUUUUACACCCAAGUGAUUAGGACACCUGAUUCUGAACAUUUGGAUGGGUGGCCAAAUACUUUUGGCAAUAUAGUGUAUGUAUUCAGCUCAACACUUUCAGCACAAAAUAAUGGGCAUAAAGCAAUUGCUUAGAAAAUUAAUACAAGAGUAUCAAACAGACUUGCUGUUAAAAUUUUUUCAUUCUUAACUGAAUUGGAGAAAAUAUACCUGACAUGACUUAAGAUUCAGCCGUUGUUGCCUUCAAGUAGUCGAUACAUGAGAUGUUAGGAUGUUCUCUACAUGAAGACAAUGGAAGAAACAUUAUUGCUUUCAUUGAGAAAGGACCAUGUUUCAUUGCUUUGAAAAAAAAUGGUGCGCAAUAAGAGCCGGCAUACAGUAAAUGUUUGUGGUGUGCAACGUGUUAAAAGUCCUAACACAAGUUGAAGCAGACAAGCUGUCAUUCCUCGAGUUUUGUUAGCCCACAGCUUCUAUGAUCUUUAUACAUUUGACAUAAUUGUAUUAAACUAUUGUAUAAAUGUGCUAUUUUUGUGAAGAAAUAUUUCCCUGAAACCUGGGCAAAAUAAAUAAAGUUUACUUUGAGCAAAUUGUUGACGGAAAGUAGCCUUUUGAAUGUUUUCUCUCUCCAGGCAAGGCACUCCAACGCUGACAUACCGGAAGAAGCUUUAAUUUCAGAAGGGUUAAAACCGAUAAAAAUCAGUUCCCAGUGGCUUAUUUUAUUUUUCGAAGUUUUUUUCAAAAUUUUACCCAUCAUGGAACAGCCCCAAAAAACGCUUUAAUUAAUGGCUACAAAGAUGGUUGACAGUUUUAUUGGAAGGUGGAGGAGACGAGUGCAAAUGAGAAGCAACAUUUUAUCGAUGUACAAGUAUUUACAGAUGCACUUUGGGGGGCAAAGUUGACUAAUUUGUUGAGAUCAUCAGCAGGGAAUGUUAGCUAACAAAUUCCUGUUGAGGAAUUGAGGUUGGAGUGGCGCUGAUGAAGCGUUGAUUGGAAACAAAAGAUGCAUCUGACGACCCUCGCCGGCCACCCUGCUGAUUACGAUACUUAGACACACGUGGAGGUGUGAGCAGUGGAAGCAUGGACAGGGCAGGAAGGCCCGUUGCGAUGCAUCAUGGGAUAUGACAGCGACAUGUUCUUCCAUGAUGUCUGGUCCCUGACCCUGUGCUGCUAUCGAGCAGGCUACAUUUUCCU